ACUCGCAGAGAAAUGUUGCCUAAAUGACCACAAGUGAGUGAACGGGAAGUUUCGAGGAUAUUAGGCAAGGUUACUGGUCUCUUUAGACUCACUGUAGCCAUUGUCGCUAUUCACAAUUAUAUUUGAAAAAUUGCUGACUCACAACUUGAACGUAAACAUUGAGUUGAACAUUCAGGUGAGUUGAUCAAAUUUGGGACUGGAACGAGUGAAGUAAUGUGGCCCAAGAACGAGGUCGAAAAACAGUGAAAACAAGAUGGCGGGCGUCGAGCCAGAGAAGAGGACGUAUGUAGACUUAAGAGAAAAGCUUAACAAGAAUUCAGCACCAAACAGAAAACACCUCUGGGAGAAUAGGAAGCGGAAACGUGAAGAAAAUUCUGGUUCUUACCGUCAUCAUUCCACGUACGACAGAGAAGUCGAAUUGCAAAAAGUACACCAGGGAAUUCGUCAGCGAAUUUUGUUCGACAGAGAAGAAUGCGAGAAAAUUGAAGAAAAAAUCGACGAAGUUGUCCAGAAUGCAAACGAAGGCACUUACAAAAGCCGGACAGUUGAUAGAGCACCAUUACGUGUCAAGUAUUUCUUUGGAGAGGGCUACACGUAUGGUAAACAACUUGCCGAGCGGGGUCCCGGACAAGAAAGAUUAUUUCCUCGAGGAGAAGUCGACGAAAUUCCUGAGUGGAUUUUCGAGUUGGUUGUUUCGCGCCUCGAAAAGGCCGGAAUUGUGCCAAAAGGUUUUGUGAACAGUGCUGUAAUCAACGACUAUCAACCGGGCGGUUGUAUCGUAUCGCACAUCGACCCUCCGCAUAUUUUCGAUCGCCCUAUUGUAUCUUGCUCGUUUUUCAGUGAAUCGUCGCUGAGUUUUGGUUGUAAAUUCAGCUUUAAGCCCAUCCGUACCUCAACUCCAGUCUUAACUCUUCCUCUACCUCGUGGCUGUGUCACAACGUUAAGUGGAUAUGCCGCAGAUGAUAUUACACAUUGCAUAAGGCCUCAAGAUGUUAAGGCAAGAAGAGCUGUCAUUAUUGUGAGAAGAGUAUAUCCUGAUGCACCAAGACUAGAGCCAUCAAUAAAUGGUGGUACAAAGGAACAAGAAGUUGACAGUGACGGAGAGAGUGAUGACGACAAUGAUGAUGAUGAAGAGCCUUCAUCUGCCAAGAAGAAACGUGUGGUUUUAAAGAGAAAUUUCAGACGGCACAGCCAAGAGACAAAGAAUACAUCUGAUCCAAAGGGAGAGUGAUUGACAUGUCAAUUACCUGCAGUCCAGUAGUGGGUAUUAAUGCAAAGUAUGUGCGAGAAGCUUAGCAGUAGUUUUAACUUCACAUCAGUUUGCCUGUUGAAGAAUGUUCAUAUCCUCUGAUGAAUCACAGACAUCCAUAUGAUGUGUAUUGUGCAUAACUUCCCUGUCAUAUUGAACCAGAUAGUUGUAGUCAGUGCUCAUUGUUGUUUGUUCAUGUUACUGUAUUUUAACUCCAUAUUUUUUCUUUAAUUCAGUCCUGAUCUGUUCAUCUCUCCAACUUUUUAAUUCAUAAGGGGUUUAUGAAAAGGUCAAUUGUACGUAAUAUAUCAAACACGAAAGACUGUGUUUGACCACGUUUCCAAACACUGAGAAGAGAGUUGAAAAUGCGA